UUAUAUUCAGCUAACCGCAGAGUGUCACCUGUAAAAUUUUCUUCCUUUAAAUCAAUCUAGAGAUGUGACCUACAUCGAUAUUGUAAUCGAUAGUGAACUAUUCAACUAUGCAGUUCACAUUUCAAUGCAAAAAAAAGCGUUGCAAUUUCAGGAAUCCCAAUGCAACGCCGUUUCCCCUUUGUGAGCAAGGCGAACGCUAUCACGGCGUCUUUACAGGGCUCUCUGUGGAGAUAACAGAUCCUGCCCAGACGAAGGCGCUCCAUGACAAUGGCUGCUAUGGAAAAGGCAGCAAGUCGCGAGGUGGACCGGCAUCGGGCGAUGAAGACGAAACCCUGCUUCUUGGACUGGAGGAGUCUUGUUUUCUGGCCUACUACUUGGAAGUACUCGACAUAAAGAACCUGUUGGGCACCAGUUUGGACUGGGAAGGAUUCCUGAAAGCGGCUCAGGAUCUAAACGAUAGAUUUGUUGAGAAUUUGGCAUGUUAUCUGUAUUUGAAAUCCAAGAAUUGGGUAAUCAAGAGUGGAAUCAAGUUUGGCGGAGACUUUCUUAUCUACGAGCAAAGUCCGAGGAAUUUCCAUGCCAGCUUCUUGGUCGUCGUUCAGACUCCCGCCGAUCUGGAUUACUACCAGCCAAAGAACCUGAAGGGUGUCCAACGUGUGGCGGAAACGUCCGACAAAGAUGUACUCCUGCUUACAGUCGGUGAACCCAAAGAAGAUGCCUCCAGCAUGGCCACACCCGAAGCGCUUAAAGAAAUUUCCGUCACGGAAACAAUUGUACGUCGCUUCAAUUAUUCAUCAUUCGUGCAAAGUAAACAAUAAUCAUAACCAAAACUACUUAUGUAAGGACUAGAGUUUCUCCACGCGAUGCUUCUUGGGUAUCCCAGUGCUCCGAUAAUCUGACCGCUCCUGCAGAUAGAUCUUCCUGCAUUCCUCCUUGAAGGCAUCGUUCUGAUACCAGAGCGUUAGGCAGUCCCUCAGAGCAGAGUUCUCCUUGCGACAGGUGGCCACCAUGAAGAUGCUGCUGGUCUUGCAGCACUCCUGAAAGUCUGUGACUUCCUUGGUGCAUAGCUCUGCCUUUGCCCGGUCUCGCAUUAUCUUGGGUAUCAGCACCUCGACCUCAACCUUGCGCAAUUUUGUGUCAUUCGGGUCGCCUAGCAUUCGAGUUCCUCGUUAAUGGAUGGACAACUUAGAUAACAGCAAGAACUUACCGAGUCCAUGGGGAUUACGUGGAUCAGCCUGUUGUUGUAUAAAGCUCAUGUUUUUAUUUUAAAAUAUUUUAGUUCUGUUUCUUUUUGUUUUGUCAAUGAUGUGCCAGCUUAGUGUGACCGU